AACAACAAAACUUCCAUGAUACACGACGAAAACACGAGGUACGCCAAUCUUAUUGACGUGGCUCGCUACAUGGAGUCAAUUGACCGGUUGGAACUUUAGAGUGAGUACGUUGGAGGUUGUGGUGCACUUUCGAGUCUAAACAGUUACGGACAGUUACAAUAGAGUUGCUCGAAAGACAUAACUUACAAGAUGAAUAAAAUUAUUUUCGUGUACGCAUUAGCUAGUGUGAUUUCUAUAAGUUUCGCAGAGACCUGUCAAAGGCCUGAAGUUGUAGCUUCGGCAUAUGUAACGGAAGAUGCAACGGUUCUUACAAACGUUGCUUUCACUACACAAUUUGUGUUAAAGUGCAGCAAUGGAGUGAAGGGAAUUAGUCUGUAUGCAGAAGUUGAAGGCAAAGCGUUACCGGCAGUUAGACUGAGUGCUGACAAUAAAUAUCAGGUAUCCUGGACAGAAGAUAUCAAGAAAGCAAGAUCUGGUGAUUAUAACAUAAAAUUAUAUGAUGAAGAGAAAUAUGCUGCUGUUCGUAAAGCCAUAAGGAAUGGAGAAGAUCCUGACAGCGUUAAACCAUUAGUGGUUGUUGUUCUUAAUAAUCCAGGAGUAUAUCUUGGGCCUUGGGUAAACUCUGAACUCUUAGCUGCUUUCUUGGUUGCCCUUGUAUCUUAUAUGGCAUUUUCUGCAAAGUAUAAACUUUUGUCGUGAGAAAGUAUUUUGUUACUAGUAAAUUUAAAUUUAUGGCAAUAAGAAAAACAUUUCUCCAUAAAAACAAGUUUUUUAUUUAAAAAAUAUAUAAUUUGUAUACUCAACUAUAUAUUUUUGUUGUAUAAAGCACUUGACAAGCUAUAUGAAAAUCAUCUAUAUUUAAAUAUCUACAUUUAUAAUUGCUAAACUUUUCCAUAUGCAUGCAAGUGUAUCACAGUUAAAACUUUUGUAUGAAUAAAACUAUUGUAAAUUUA